AUGGACAGAAACCUCAAUGAGCUCCUGAAAUGGGGCAUCGAGAACUCGACCGAACCAAUCCCCACCACUGCAGCGGAAGCGCAACAAGCAAAUCCAUCCCCUAACGGCCUGAACCAAGAAAUCCUCGCAGCGCUCAUGGGCGGGCCCAGCGACGCUGACCUCAUGAAAGCCGCCGUCGAGAACAUCACCUCAUCUGACCCCGAAAUCACGCUCGAGUCUAAGCUUAUCGCCUUCGACAACCUAGAGCAGUUGAUCGAGUCGCUCGACAAUGCGAACCUGCUGGCGAAGCUGGGCCUGUGGACGCCGUUGCUCGAGCUUCUGGGUCACGACGAGGCGGAGCUGCGGCUUAUGGCGGCGUGGUGCAUCGGCACUGCCGUGCAGAACAACGAGCCCUGCCAGGAGCGGCUGGUAGCCCUGGGUGGUGUGGAGAGGUUGUGCGCCAUGGCCCUCGGCGAUCGCGCAGCCGAGACGAAGGACGUCAGGCGGAAGGCGGUGUAUGCGCUCAGCUCGGCGUGUAGGAAUUACCAGCCAGCGAUGGAUGUGCUCUCGUCGGAGCUGGCGAAGCGGGAGGGCAAGACGGCCGAAACGGGGCAGGUCGAUGCUACGAAUAUGGAUGCCGUUGAUGUGGUCAUCAACGGGUUGCGGGAAAAGGCUUUGAGUGCAUAA